AAAUAGAAUAUUCCAAAUGUAGUUUACAAACAUUACAAUAUGGCGACGCGUCCCUAGUUCCCGGAAAAUGAGCCGAGCGUUAGAUUUUGCAACAGUGACGUUUAAUUAUCAUGGCACACAGAUGAAAGUAUAGAAAGUCAAGGUCUGAAACACCUAUAUAGGAAGAGACAAUGGAUAUGAGAGUUCGAGAUCCAGGGAUAAUUACCUCAUCACCUGUGAAUUAUGAGGUAGAAUCAAGUGUUGGGUUUGGUUCCAAUGCUAAUUUGGAUACAAGUUUUGAGCUGAUGUCUGCCAGCCAAUUACGGGAUCAACUAAGGAGAGAGCAAGGUAAAAGAAGAGAGAAGGAAGCAGAGAUAGACGUUUUGAAAAGAACAACUGGAUCAAGUCUUUAUGGAGGAAGCUCCACCCCUAAAUCUUCCUCGCCUAUCCAUAGUAGAACCUACGGGGAUCAUGUACCAAGUAAUAGCCAAGACUCAGACUCUGGAAUAAGCCAUGGUGGGUCAAGGAAAUCCCCCUACCACCAUUUGACCCCGCCCUAUCAAUCAAGCUCGCUCCCCCAAGUCUCCAGUCACACUGCCUAUGGGAGCCACUCAUCUGCUGCACCUACCAUGCCCCGCACCGUUCGGUCAUCCCCCUAUAUCUCCUCAGGCUAUGAUGGCAUAGGAGGAGGAGGGGUGUUGCCAGGGGGUAAUACCAGCACAAGUGAGUUCUGGAAUACGUCCCCGUCGUCAAUGAAAAACAUGAAAGAUGCUAUGUAUGAGAGUGAGCAGCGGAGAUUGGCUUUGGUUGAGAAACUGAGAGAAGCUCAUGACACAUUGCAGAAUCAGACAGAGAAAUUGUGUAACAGUGAAGGAAUGCUGAACGAUACUCAUCAUACAUUAUCAAGUCUAUCGGCAACAAAUGAGGCCCUUCAGAAGAGAUUAGUAGAAGUCCAGAAAGAGAGAGACUGUUCUGUGACAGACAAAAUGGAUGCCUUGAGACAACAAGGUCUUCUUCAACAAAGGGUGGUUGAUCUGGAGCAAGAACUAAAGAGCCUACGGGCUGGUAACUCUGCUCUCCAGGCCGAGAACCGGAAACGGGAUGUCCUGGUAGAUCAGACGUCUCGAGCUAUGAGUCUCUUGGAUGAAGAAAACAAGACAUUUCAACAGACAAAAGACACUAUGUUGAAGGAAGCCCUUGCCUUGAAAGAAUCCAUCAUGAUUGCUAAGGCCAAGAACGAGAAAUUGGAAUCCGAAGUGAGAGAAUUAGAAAAACUCAAUGAGAGCCGUGAGAUGCUUGCAGCAAGAAACACAGAGCUUCACGCCUACCUGAUGGACGAGAGACGGCAGGUAGCUGAGCUCAUGCAUCAGGUUGAUCUGCUUAAAGGAGAUUUCAUGAGAGCCAGUGAGGAGAGAGAUGUUUUCCAGAGUAGAGCCAUAGACCUAGAGGAUAAAUGCUCGGAUCUGAAUGCUCGAUGUGUCAGCUCAUCGGCCUCCAAGGAAAGACUGAUGCAAGAGAAGUUAGACCUCCAGCAAUCACUCAAUCAUACCAUGCAUGAGAAAGAAGAUCUCAUUAAGAUCAAACAAGACAUCGAUAGCCAGCUAACCCAGGCCCAGCUAUCAGUCACUCAACAUAAGCUUAUGGUGGAUAAGAAGGAUGAAGAAUUAGAAAAACUGGAAGAGGAGCUCAAUGCAACUAAAAAGGUAAGUGAGGUAUUGUCAACAGAGCUUUCGCUGGUAAAGAACAAUCAGGAGAGACUUCAGGAAGAAUUCAAACAGCUGAACGCUGACAAGAGAGCCGUAACUCAGCAGCAGUCUUACUGGGAAGGGGAGGCAAGAAGGAUAGCAGGGGAAAGGGAUAUCCUUACUAAGGCCAUGGAACAGUUGAAAUCUGAUUUCAUGAAGGAGAAAGAUCAGUUUGAAGAACAGCUCCAGUCUCACAGGGAGGGUACCAGGGAAGCCAGGAGUGAGAAGACAAAGGCAUCAGCUAGGGUCCAGGAACUAGAAACGAUGCUUCACAGAGCUAAUGAAGAUCUGAAGGAUGCUACUCUAAAGCAGCAGGAAGAGAUGGAGGAAUGGAAGGGCUCCUGUGAUAGGCUGUCUAGCAGUGUGGCUCGCAAGGAGAACGAAUCAGCAGCCCUGAAAGAAAAGCUCAGGGAGGCCAGUGAUCAGAUCUCUGAGAUGCGAGCCCAGAUCCAGUCCCUUGAGAAUUCUGUUGAGGAGCUGAGCCGUUUCAAGGAGACAGCCAGUGAGCUGGAGGAGGAGAACAAGAGACUUGCCCAGGAGCAUGGUGAAGAUCAACAGGUCAUCCAACUCUUGGAGAUGCAGAAGACUAUCCUGUCUAAGCAUCAGACUACUGGAGUACCCAAACAAGCAGCUGAGAAGCUCCAAGCUGAAAUAGAUCAUCUGAAAGCAGAACUUGGUUUGUCUGAAGACAAGAUAGAGGAGUUAAAGGAGGAGUUAUCUCGGGAGAGAACGCCAGGUGGCUAUCGAUCAGCUCGGGCCACACCCAUUGCCUUUGAUCGAAGCACUGACCAGGAUGAUCAUAUCAAGAACCUGAAAGAGAUGAACAAACUCCUGCAAGAGAAGAUUAGCAAGCUUGAAGCAAGCCUUCUGCAGCAAUCCCUGCGGGCCAAGGCAGCCGAUGACAUGGAGGUCAGGAAUCGUGACCUUGAUGAACAGGUCAGGUCAAUGAAUGACCUUAAUCAGAUGCUUGGAGAGAAAGUGAGCCGACUUGAGAAGGACAAUGCAGAGCUCAUGAUCAGGACGCCGAAAGAAGAUUGGGUGCCCAAGUUCGAUUAUGAUACGAUUGAGAAGGAUAAGAUCAAACUUGAAGCGGACUAUGAGAUCUUGAAGGCUGAGUAUGCUGAGCUUGAGGCCAGACAUCAAAAGUUCCUUCAGGACCAUCUCUCCAGGACUCUGGACUCUUCAGGUCUAGGACUAUCCCUCAGCAACCUUGAUAGGAGAGAUGAUUUGGGUGAGCUUCACAAACUUCGGCGGGACAACAGCUCCUUGGAGCGACAGGUGGAGGUGCUUCGGGGACAGAGCACCCUGGCUGAGAACGGCAAAAAGAGGGCCGAGGAUCGUUUGCGCCCCAAUACAUCUCAGGAUCGUCAAAUAGAAGGAGAGUUAGUGGAACUACAAGACAAAAUGUUGAAAGAAAGGGAAAAAAAUCAAUACAUCGCCAAUCUAGAGAUAGAGACCAUACUCCGAUCCCAGUUGGACGAACACAAGCAGAUCAUCAAGCAGCUCCAGACGGAGGUUGCCACCAAGAACGUUGCCUUGGAGAACGCUACCGUCGGUAUGGAGGAGAGAAUGGUUGACAAGGCUCGUGAGAUGGAGAGGGUCAUCAAGGAGAGGGAUGAACACUGUGAUGCUAGGAGAAGAUUGGAACAGGAGAAGCUGGUUCUAGAAAUUAAGAUCAAGGAACAGAAGAUGCUAUUGGAGCAGCUAAGAGAUGAGAAACCAAGAUUACUUCAGGAGAGACAAGGAGAGAUCAGCACCCUACAUGAGCAACUCUUGAGUGCCAACAAGAACGUCAGGAAACUAGAAAAUGAUGUUAGGAAUCUAGAGGAGCAACUUUCUGACAAGGAUCAUCAGCUGCGCAGGUUCCAGCUGAGCCAGUCGUCGGAGAUCGAGGGGAUGCAUGAGGAGGCCACCAAGCAGAUCAAGGAGCUCCAGCUCCAGCUCCUUAAGAAGGAGAAUGAAGGAUCCGAGAUGAGGCAGGAGCUGAACAGGAGAGAGGAUGAAAUGAGACAGGUUCUCCAGGGAAAGACUAAGCAGGAGCUGGAACUUGAACAGAUCCGUGGUGAAGCGGGCCGAACCGUGGAGCACCUGACAAGCAUCGUUGAGAAACAGGAAGGUGAAAUCAUUAGACUGAAGAAUGAGGUAGAAAAUAGGAUGGAAGAACUCAAGAGGCUCAGGACUGCGCAGGAGAACGACGUAGAAUCUUUGAAGGAGAUGCUGUCCGACACCAACAAGAAGUACUCCAGAUUGAAAGAAGAGAAGGAGAUGAACGAGACUGAAUUGCAACAUAGCAUGACAAGACAACUGCAGGAUCUACGCAGAGAGAUCGAUAGGAAAGAACAACUCAUCAAGAACAUGAGUGAAGAGCUGGAGGAAGAGAGGAUGCAAAAGCCUAAGUUAAAGGAGUCGAUGAAUGAGGUAGAAGAUGAAUUGAUGAGCGUGAGGGCGGAACUAGCUAGGGUCAACGGGACCAUCAAGAUUAAAGAGACUCAGAUUCAAGAUCAGGACAACCAGCUCAGAGAAUCUCAUGAUAAGUAUGACAAUUUGAUGAGAGAAAAGAUGGAUCUGAAACGAAGACUAGAUUCACUUCAAGACAAUGCGGAUGAUGAGCUGAGAGAUCUGAGGAAAAAACUUGAUGCACAGAAGAAUGAACUGACCAUCCUUGAAGAUAUGAAUAGAGCAGUGGAAGGAAAGUCCGAAGAUAGCAAUUUGAAAGUGAAGAGGUAUGAGGACAAGGUCAAAGGUCUCCAGGAAGAGAUUGGCAACAUGAAUAGAAUGGUGAACAAUCUACAGAGUAGAAACAAGAGAUUGGAGGAAAGCAAAGACAAUCUUAUCAAGGAUAUGGAUUCACUCAGGGAUGAGAAGUCGAGGUGCUCCAAGUGCAGUCGUCUGGAAAGUCAGUACCAGGAGGUGCUGACGGAGAAGGAGAACCUGGAGGAGGAUAACGAGGAGCUCCACAAGGAGGUGGAGAACCUCAACAACCUCCUUACAUUGAAACAGAAAGAUGCCAAAGAGAGUCAAAAGGUAAAAGAGUCACCGCUAAAGAGAACUCCAAACUCCACCCUUGCCUUGGAACGCUCUCAAACCUCCAGCAGGGCGUCGCCCAUCUCAUCGACCACACCCUCGCCCAAACCUGGGUCGGGUAGAGCGGCCACGCCCCAGCAGCUUGCAGCUGCUCUCAAGAGGCUAUCGGUCAAGCAGAGUCCGCAGGGCGGUGCUGCAGGAGGAGGUGGUGGAGACGAGAAGCGGGCGUUGUCUCCGGAUCCUAAGGAUCGGAAAGGUCUCAAGGACCUGGGGAAGGCCAGUGGGUAUGAGGAUAGGAGGAAGUCACUGAACAGCAUGGAGUCCAGACUACAAGCUCUCAGGAGUUCACAGGAUAAGACAAUCAAGGACAUGAAGAAACCAGCUGUGAAACCUGACCUGAAUUCGACGGGAGGAAGCGGGGAUGGAGGAAAGAAACAAGCUAGAUUUGUCUUGCCAUCGAGUAAGAAAUUUGAAAAAUCACUCGGCUCCACCGGAGGCUCAUCCAGAUCAAAACUCAACAGCACUAGGUGAAGAAUUUAAAUGUGUUUUUACUGAUCAUUCAGCUCUCUUUUCAUGCUCACAUUAUUUUUAUAACCUUCAAAACAUAGUAUUAUGAGUGUAAAAAACAACAAAACAUGCUUUAAAUGUUUUCAUAUUCAAAUGCAUUGAUUAAGUGUUUAAAUCAUCUUGAGAACAAAUAUAAUGUAUGUGUCAUGUCAAUAAUCAGGCCCCUUAACACAAAGCAAAGGGAUUGGUCGUAAGUAUGAUUUUGCAAUUGAUUGCAUUGGUCAAUAUGUGUACUCGCUUGUCAAAAUCAACUAUACGAUCAUUCACUAAGUUUUGUGUAAGUUGCCCCAGAACAAUAAUGUAUGUCUUUCUUAAUUUGAAUUGUACUAUUGUUUGAUGAUGUCUUUCAAUGUUUUGCCUUUCUUUCUUGUAUUUUGUCUUUCUGAAUUCUAUAGGCCUCCAAUGGAUGAUAAUGAAGUUUAAAAAUAGUAAAGUAUUCUUUAAUAAUGUGUGUUGUUCAAAUUUUUCUAAUACAAUCAUCCAUGCAUUAUGUGAAUUUUGAUGGAAUUAUAUAUAUAUGUGCUGUAAUACACACCCAUGUUUACAUGUACACAUAACUACCUGUUGCACAUAUCAUUGUGUACAUUUCGUUGGGUUGCUGAUACUUUUUUUUUUUUACUAACAAUAAUAUAAGAUGUUGGUUCAUGUAUAGCAGAGUGGUGCUAAAAUUCAUUAAGAAUGCAAGAGCUGUUAACACAUUGCCAAGAAGUUUGAUAUGAGUUGGAUUUUUUAUGCAGCAUGAUGAAUAUAUUGUGCAAUGUGAACAGAUCCAUGUAUUCUUAUCAGUGUCCAGUGUCGUCAAAAUAAACAGUGAUAUUGUUUUGGCAGCAGUUGCACAAACUAAUACCCAAGUCACACUAACGGGGGUUGAUGCCAAAGAUAUAAUCAAUAUUUGCAAGUAAUUAUGAUUAUUGGGAAUGGGUUGUUGUAGAUUACAAGUUCAAUCAGUUGUAUGAUUGAUUGUACAUUAUGUUACCGGGCCAAAAUAUGAAGGAAAAUCCUACUUCAUUUUCAAUUAUUGGUCAAACGGAUACGUCUAUCAGUCAUACUGGCUGAGCUUCUAAACCACAGAAAUUACUCUUAGGCCCCUUUAUUUUUAUUCAAGAGGAUAUAAUGGCCGAACAGGGAUUCGCACACUCAAACUCACAAUCAUGAGACCAUUGCUCUGACCACUAGACCACUCAAUGUUUUUACAGUCUACGGAAUUGACUCAUCUAUGGUUCAAUUCAACAGAUGCUUAGAUCGUUGCAGAUAAAAUCAUUGUCAUUAUGAGCCUUUAAAAUGUUUGUAUAAAGAGAACUAAUCUAUUUUGAUUAUAUUGCAUACUAAUACAAUCAUAUGACCAUGGUUCAUUGCUGCUUGUGUGGAAAUAUAUCAGUCGCCUCAUCCUUACCCAGAAAAUGAUCCCCAAAUAAAGAGCUCGAAAUAUUCAUUACUUUUAUAUGUCCUAUAAUCCUGCAACAAAAGAUGAAAUAAAGUCAAAGUAAUUAUAAUUGGAGAAAAAAAAUUCAACAUAUCUGUACCACAAUAAUUACGUCUCAUUUUGGAAUGCACAGGGUUUAUCCCAGAGAUUGUAUCACAUCAAUUCCACUUAUUAUCUUUUUUCUUUUUUUUUGCACAUUCAUUAAGUUCAGAUAUAUUGUUUGGUCAAUAAAAUCAUGCUGCUCAUUUUUAAACUUUUUUUUUUGCAUUUUGUUUUUGAAAAAUAUGAAUUAAUCAAUAUUUACUGGACACUUUUAACCAUAUAAUGUUUUUAACAUUUGCGUGAAAAAUUUGUAUAUUUGUUAGCACAAUCACUAUUAAUACGAUGUACAUUUUGAGUAUUUCUAAUAGGAUACAGAAAAGAACUCAUUUUUAUAGCUUUUUUAAAAUUUACUCAUUUUGAAUUCCUAAGAUAUUAUGUGACAUCAGAUUUAGUCAUGCAGCUUUAUUUACAUUUGUCACUUAUUUUUGUGUUAUGGGUGUCUAAAUUGCAUUGACUAACAAUUUUGGCACAUUGAUAAUCAUAUGCACUAGAUUUCGAUUUGGUGCCAUGCAAAUUAGAUGUGUUAUGUCAUUGUGUGCAGGCCAGUUCAUGCAAGAUCAUGUUAUCAAACAUGUUAGAAGACGUGGUUAUGAUUAGAAGACAGCAUUAGCAAAGGUUUCUGGAAGGGAACAUUAUUUGUAAUGAUUACAAGUACUUGUAUUCAGUGGUUAAAAAAAGGGGAGAAAUCGAUUUUUUCACCCAUACUACCAAUCAUCAAAAUAUGAAUGUAGUUAAAAAGUUGAAGAUUUUAUUACAAUGCAGUUCAUCCGAACUAAUUAAAGCUAGGACACUUCAUUUGUUUUAUACUCCUAGAGUGAUCAUAUUUGAUGUAAAAAAAUUGUAUGCAGUUCAGGAAUUUUUUGUAAUUUCUUCAUGGGUGACAUAUUUUUCUUAUAUAUGUCUUGUUUUCUCUGUUUUUUGUUGCUUCAAAAAUCAAUGCCAUAAGAUCAACAAAAAAAAACCUGUUAAUUAUGCAGAAUAUUAUGCAGAUCACAUAGAACAAGAGAGCAAAAAUUAUGCAAGUUUUCUGAUAAACACUAUAUAUCUAUUAUGCAUUUUUUAUCAGAAUUUCUAAUAUCAAAGUUGAAAAUUUUCAUUGUUUUUACUUAAAUUUCAGAUCGAGUUUGACUAGGUUUUAUGAUAAUAUUUUCAUACUGUUUUUUCUCAUCUGGGCCUUAUUAGACGAUUGUAAUAAAAUGAACAAAAUGAGAUAUCCAUAUUUAGAUAUAUAUACUUCUUUACUGAUCUGCUACUAUUAAUAUUAUAUAUUAUAAUGUAUACAAAA